GGGAGUCAGCGAGGAUUGUCUUGCUAGGGUCGUCGACAUGGGGUGGGCACAGCGCCGCCAGCAUGAGCCUGUCGCGGACCAUGUGCAAGACACAUUCAGGGCCCGCUCUCCUGUGUAUCGGUACCUGGUUGUUGGCCAGAAGGUCGACAACAAGGGGGUCAUAAUGCUCCGUUGCACGUUUUGCAACAAAGUUUUCCAAGGGACCCAAUUUCAGGCCACGAGGCACUUCACACAGACAAACUACUGCAAGGACAUCAGCGACGAGGCGUUGUACGAGAUCGCGCGACAGACUCAACAGAAGUUUGAGGCCGAUCAGACGGAGAGGGUUGCCAGGUAUGCAGUGGAGCGCGGACUCGAUGUGCCCGACACGGGUGGUGCAAGGGGAGGAGAGGCGGGGCGUCGUCCGGUGGAGGGAGGGGUCGAAGGAGAUGGUGGGCAUGGUGCGCCAGACCCCCCUUUGGGGGUUGGAGGCGGUGAGACGGAGGAGGGCGUGAUCCACGUCGAUCGCGAGGCGCGUGGCCCGGGCGAGGAGGGAGUCUCAGAAUACGAGGAUGAGCCAGAGUUUCAUCCAGGCACUAGGGAGAGGAUGGAGGAUUGGUGGAGGCGAGCAAGCAAGGGAUCUGCAACGGAGGGGUCUUCCAAGAGGAAGGAAGGAGGAAGUGAUUCGGCUCCCACCCCAGCAGGAAAGAGGCUUCGCCAGCAGAAGAUGACUGAUUUUUACGUUCGGGGCGGGCGCGCCAGAGUUGCAACGACGCGCUCUUCGGGUGAUGCACAUGUGGUCUUGCGCCUCUCCAGCAGCGGAGAGGAACUGGGCAGUCCACGAGGGCAUUCACAUGAAGAAGAGCAACCAGUUGUGCGGUUGACGGAGUAUCGGCGGGUUGGAUGCGGUUAUGUGCUGCCAUGGCAGCGGGACGAGGGCAUGCUGGAUUGCCAGGCAGGACUCAAGGCGGAGCCUGUGCGGACGGGCAUGCGUAGGGGGAUGACGGAGGAGGAGAUUGCCCGUCAGGUUGCGCUUAUUACCCGAAAUCCCAUCGGGGCCUCCGCACCACCCUCUGCUGAUGCCGUUUUCGGUAAACGUGCUUGCAUUUUUCGUUCCUACCCGAGGGAGGACGACUCGGACGAGGAGCCAGUGCCCGAGGCGGCAGAUGACCCUGCGCUCCGCAUUCCCCAUGAGAUCGACGAGACACACGACGAUCCCGACUCCAAGGAGACGAGGGCAAACACUGCACGACGGGCGGCGGACCGGGCGGACAGGGAGAUGCUGGGGGGAGAGGAGGAGCUUUGGGGCCCAUUCGGGGAGGUCGCUUCCACGGGCAGCACAUACGCGUGGGUGACGACCCCCACUCCGACGAGGCGGGAGUCAUCCAUGCCGCCACCUCCUGCUCCGAAAGGAGGGGGCACCGUCGGCAGCAACAGUGGAGGGGGGGACACGACGAUCGCAACCGCGGUGGACGAGAUAGCAUCAUCAGCAGCAGCAGCAGUGCUGGAAGAGUUGGCAGCAUCAAUGUUGGAGGAGGAGGUGGCACCGACAGCAAGAGGAGCAGCAACAGUGGAUGGGCAGGUGGCAGCAGCAGGAGGAGCAGCUGGAGGAGCGGCAGCAGUGGAGGUGGAGGAGGCAGUAGCAGUGGAGGAGGAGGAGGCACCGUCGGCAGCUGCAAUGGAGGGGGGGUGGUGUUCGCACGGGCCUUGGAGGAGGCCAGGCUUCGAGAGACAGAGGGGGUAUUGUGUGCAGGGUGGGGUGAUGGCGAGGGAGGACGUUGCGGAGGGAGUGGCAGCAGAGGCGGUCGAUGAGGCAUUGCCGGGUGGAGCAGAGGCAACGGACGUUGCUGUGGAGGGACGUCCACAGGCGGUGGAUGAGGCUGUGCAGGCGGGACAGCGGCGAGACGAGGGGCUAUAGACGUACGACGUGUGGUCCAGGAGACAGCGUCGGGUGCAGUCGUUCUGUUUUCAGGCCUGCACUUGGCUCACGUCCGACAAUCG